ACUCAGCUUCACUCAGAGAUGAGCAGACGAAUUACAUGGUUUCUCAGCGGAGAGUUUCCUUCCUCCGAGUAGAUCUUCGAUUCUCCGUUUCUGUUCCCCAAAACCCUAAUUUCUCCGUCUGGUUUUGAUUUCGGUCUCACAUGGGCGAACAAUCCCCUUCUCAGCCAUCUCCACACACCCAAAAUCGAGCCCAAUCACCCAAACCCGAAACCCAUAAUCCGAUUUCGCCGGAACCCACCGGGGAAUCCAACGUCUCCGCCGCAGCUUCUGGUACCCUCCUCUCAUCAACCACCAUCGAAGCUCAACGGGUCACGGAAUUGGCCAAUGCGUCGUCUCCGCCGUCGAAAAUCCCCCUCCGUCCUCGGAAAAUCCGGAAGCUCUCACCUGACGCCGCCUCUUCCGGAGCUAUGAUCGCUCACGUCGGCUGUAAGACUGAGAAUAUGGCGACGCCGCCGUCGAGUCGACAGUUAACCGCCGCGAAGGGCAAACCGUCGCAGUUUCGGGCCGUAACCCUUCCGCGGAUCAUGGCGAGGCCGCUUACCUGCGAAGGCGAGCUUGAGGCGGCGAUCCGCCAUCUCCGACAUGUGGAUCCGCUUCUCGCGCCGUUAAUCGACGUUCAUCCGCCGCCGACUUUCGAGUCGUUCCAAACUCCGUUCUUGGCUCUGAUACGAAGCAUCCUGUAUCAGCAACUAGCCGCAAAAGCCGGAAACUCCAUCUACACGCGCUUCGUGGCUCUCUGCGGCGGCGAAAACGGAGGCGUCCCGGAAACCGUCUUGGCUUUAACUCCUCAGCAGCUCCGGCAAAUUGGCGUCUCUGGUCGGAAAGCUAGCUACCUACACGACCUCGCAAGAAAGUACCAAAACGGUAUAUUGUCAGAUUCCGCCAUUGUUAACAUGGAUGACAAGUCUUUGUUCACAAUGCUAACAAUGGUGAAUGGAAUUGGGUCAUGGUCGGUUCAUAUGUUCAUGAUAAACUCACUUCAUAGACCCGAUGUGUUACCCGUUAACGAUCUUGGCGCUAGGAAGGGUGUGCAGAUUCUGUAUAACUUGGAGGAGCUGCCAAGGCCAUCUCAAAUGGAGCAGCUCUGCGAGAAAUGGCGGCCGUAUAGGUCGGUGGCAUCGUGGUACAUGUGGCGACUCAUCGAAGCUAAGGGCACGCCUUCGAGUGCCUCUGCAGUGACUGCUGGGCCUGCUCUGGCACUGCCGCCAUUGGAAGACAUUCAACAUGAUCCGCAGCAGCAACAGCAACAGCAGACGCAGCUUCUGGACCCUCUUAAUAGCGUGUUCAACAUCGGGCAUUGCUCGUGGGGGCAAACGUAGCGGGGGGUCGGCAGCAAAAGCCGUAGGCCAGUGUCUCACUCUCUAUUUACCUGAACUGUUACCGGAAACCGUCACGGCCCAAGCCAGUUCCGACCUCAGUCCUCAGCUUUCGUCUUGCAAAAAUAUCAGCAUUCCCCCGGGCGAGAACACUUGCGUAGAAGGAACUACUGCUUCAACCCGCAAAACCUAAUGGUCUUGGAUAUGUGAUGUGAUGUGUUUUUUGUUUCAAAAGUAGUUUAAGUUAGUGACUCCGUCUCUAAGAACCCCCAAACGUGUGAUAUGUUCCUUGUCGAAAGACUACUUCUCUCUGUGUUUGGAGACAUAACUGCGUCUAAAAAGCCCUUUGACAGCUUCCCCCUACAGGUCGGCGGGAACAGAGAACCA